AUGGACGAUUGUUAUUUCUUUCUCUACUCCUCUUGCAAAUUCAAGGACAAGUGUACGUAUAGACAUAACGAAAGCUGUAGAAACAAUCUAGUUACGUGCAGGAACUGGGAAUCAAAGAUCCCAUGCCGUGAAGAUUGUCCAUACCGCCAUUCAAAGUUUCAUCUAAAGAAGAACAGGCGUGAGGAGAUGUGCUACUGGGAAAACAAGCCUAGCGGAUGCACCAAAGAUAGAUGCGAGUACAGGCACGUGGACCCCAUGAAAGAUGCAUGGAAGACUGGGGAGUCUUCAGAAAGGCCUCAGAGCCCAUCACCAAGCAUGCAUCUGUCUUCAGGAUCUGAGAGACAUACUCCCGAGGAUACUAGACUAAAGGAUUACGAAGAAGUAAUGAACAUUCAAGACAGCCCGAAAGAUUCUAAGGAUAACACGGCACUUAUAAAUGACGAUCUUGAAAGGAAAAAGAAUGUAGAAGGGCGCUUGAAGGAAAAUGCUGUACUUUCAGAUGAAAAGAAGAAUGGUAUAGACACACUUAAAGUAAUGGAGGCACAGGAUAACGUUCUUGAAAAGAGCCCUACCGAAGACGGCACACAGAAGCCUCAGAGUAAAAGAGUCAAAACAGAGGAGUCACUAGAUGUUGUAGGAAGGACAUCUGUGAACUUGGAGGAAUUAGAUAAGGAAAUUGAGGAACUAGACAAUAUCCUGAUGAAGUAA